UCUACAAAGCGCAGGCGCAACUUUUCUCGUCUCAAAUCCAAAACUCAAAACAACAGAACCCUCAACUCCGCCGAGUGAAACCGUUUCUUCCACAGUUAUCGGCGUGAAGCUGAUUUAAUUUUUUUAAUGAUGGAUUACGAAUUUAAAAUUAAAACCUCAAAUGAACGGACAAAAGUGGAAGAUUUAUUUGAGUUUGAGGGAUGUAAGGUCGGGCGCGGAACGUACGGACAUGUCUACAAAGCGAAGCGGAAAGAUUCCUCGGAGAAAGAUAAAGAUAGUGUUAAAGACUAUGCACUAAAACAAAUUGAGGGCACUGGCUUAUCUAUGUCUGCAUGUCGAGAAAUAGCUCUUUUGCGGGAACUGAAACAUCCUAAUGUGAUCAACUUAAUCAGAGUUUUCUUGUCGCACAAUGAUAGGAAAGUGUGGCUUUUAUUCGAUUUUGCUGAACAUGACUUAUGGCACAUUAUCAAAUUUCACAGAGCUGCCAAAGCAAAUAAAAAACCUCUCUUAGUAGCCAAAGCAAUGGUUAAAUCUCUACUCUAUCAAAUUUUAGAUGGCAUUCAUUAUCUUCAUUCAAAUUGGGUUCUCCAUAGAGAUUUGAAACCAGCCAAUAUUUUAGUGAUGGGUGAAGGAAUUGAACGAGGGAGGGUCAAGAUUGCUGACAUGGGCUUUGCACGCCUUUUUAAUGCACCUCUGAAGCCACUAGCAGAUCUUGAUCCAGUGGUAGUAACAUUUUGGUAUCGUGCGCCAGAAUUGCUUCUUGGUGCUAGACACUACACUAAAGCCAUUGAUAUAUGGGCCAUAGGAUGUAUCUUUGCUGAACUCCUCACAUCUGAACCUAUUUUUCAUUGUAGACAAGAAGAUAUUAAGACUAGUAAUCCCUAUCAUCAUGAUCAGCUUGACAGAAUAUUCAAUGUUAUGGGUUUCCCAUUGGAAAAGGAAUGGGAGGACAUUCGUAAAAUGCCUGAACAUCCCACACUUGUGAAGGACUUUAAACGCUCUAAUUACACUAACUGUUCCUUAAUCAAAUAUAUGGACAGACACAAGAUCAAACAGGAUAGUAAAGCAUUCCAUCUGCUCCAAAAGCUUUUGCUUAUGGAUCCAACUCGCCGUAUCACUUCUGAACAAGCUAUGCAAGACCCUUACUUUGUAGAAGACCCUUACCCAACUUCUGAUGUGUUUGCUGGCUACCAAAUUCCGUACCCGAAACGAGAAUUCCUUACUGAUGAUGAUCAGGAUGACAAAUCUGACGCUAACAAACGUCAGAAUCAAGCUGCCAAUGGAAAUCAGGGGCAAGGAGAUCAAUCGAGCCACCAUGGACCAAAUGCCAAGAGAGCGCGGCUAGGGCCCCCGCACCCUUCCGUGAGCACAGCCAACACCAUGAGUGGCCAACAGCAGCAGCAGCAACAGCAGCAGCAACAACAGCAGCAGCAGCAACAACAGCAGCAACAGCAGCAGCAGCAGCAACAACAACAGCAGCAGCAACAGCAGCAGCAACAACAGCAGCAGCAGCAACAACAACAAGAGUUUCAUCAACACGUCCAACAAAACAUGAUGUAUCAAAGCAAUCAAAACAACCAGAAUCAAGGAUUUCAAAGGUUCUAAAGUUCAUUUUGCUCUUAAUUGUUCAAUGAUAUGGAAUUUAUGUCAAUCAUAUUUUCAGUCACUAUUUACUCCUUUCAUUACUGAUGAUUAUGAAAGGUAUUUUGGCUCUGAGCCAUGUAAGAUACAUUCUUUAAUUCCAGAACCUAAAAAACUUGAAAUAGCGAUAUUACGUGGAAAUUGAUUCUAUCUUAUUCACAUUACUUGUUCCUUGAAUGGUGCUGUCUUUUCUGAUAGUGCUGUUUUAUUGUAUGACUAUAUUUUCUUAGCUUUUAUGGAUAUACCAUAAGUUUCCAAUGAAUUUAAAUCUAGUCUGUGGAGGAAAUUGACAGUUCAUUCUUGUUGUUUAAGCAUAUGGCGUGGUUGUGAUUUCAUCACAUACAUUUUAGUUACACCUUGAUUUAUGUAGAUCUGCUGGUACCACCUGAUUUACUUGUGCAGAGUCCAAGUGCUCUUGCAGGCGUGGUAUGUGUGAUCCACAUUUGAUUAUAUCAUGACCAUUUAUUUAUUUUCUUAAAAAAAAAGAGAGAUGAAAUUUUUUUUCUUGUUUUGUACUUUAACAGGGUAGUGUCACUUACACCCUUUAAUAAGGCUUGGAGAUUUAAUUCAUGAGGAAUUUUACUUCACAUCAAGGACUCUCCUAUGUCAUCAUUUUGCUCUGAUUAUUGUAUUUCAUUGGUUAAAAAGUUGAUCAAUUUAUAUUGGGUCUGUCCUUUGUUCUAUUCAUUUUUCCACUCAUCAAACAUAUUUUGACCUUCAAAGUUUGUAGAUUUGUUUCUUAUGGUAACCUGUUUUUAUUGGCCUCCAGAAGUUUUCAGACUCGUUUGUUGCGUCCAAAUUUUCAAACCAGUAUAUUAUGACUGUGACUGCCCAGAAAUACUGAUAAACGUAUCUUGUGAACUAUGUUAUAAACUGAGUUAAUCAACGUUCAGUAUGGACUGACAUUAAGUUAUUUCUUUUUAAACAUUCUCUUUAGUUUUGAGAUAGACUUGAAAUAUUGAUAGACUGUUACAGCUGAUGUAAUUGUUAUAAGCAAAUCAAGCCACAUAACCACUGUCUUUGCUGUCUGUAAACUAGACAGUGCUACAAACACGUGGCGUGCUGUAGGCUUAUAUCUUGGGUUGGGAUUGCAGUGGGACUGAAAGGUGGUGUAUGUUUCUCUUGUGAUGGGUGGGGUGUGCCGUAUCUGUGUUUGGUCGUUUGCGCUGCAUAAUUGUGAUACUUAUAUUUAUUAAAUACUAAAUUUAUUACACAUUUUCAUUUCUGAAAA